GACAGGUUGCGGUGGUUGGUGGCAGGAUCCUCCGCUGGUCGGAUCCUUUUUCGGAACGUUACAUAAUAUUUGCAUGUCGCUGAAUACCCAACUGAGUUCGGCUUAUGCCGUUCUGAAAAAGGAUCCGACCACCGACCACCGGAGGAUCCGACCACCGCAACCUGCCGUUAAGGCAGAGGAACCUGCCACCGACCACUUUUCGCACCCGGCCCUACUGCAAAAAUCAACAGAGUAGUGGUCUAUAUUCCCAGGUAACGUGAAGGUAGCACAGCUCAUUUACUGUAAACACUGCAUGAAAAAUACGUAGAAGCAGGAAGUUUCCAGAUAUCACCACGAGCGUUUGUCACUCAGUCUCUGGCAGUUUUCUUUCUUCACUAUGAUUCUUCUUCGACCAGUUUUGGUGAUAAUCUGUGUUUCGUCCGCGGUGACGAUUAUACCAUGGCCUCCUCUCAACUGCUCCAAACAGGGUUUGAGGUGUACAGUCGCAACAAGUAACUGUAUGGAUGAGGGUUGGCUGAGUGUUUAUAACUACACUCCCAGCGGUCCAGAGGGGCUCCAGGUGAGCAUCGAGACCAGGCAGGACGAGACGGGACACCUGCAUCCUGUGCUGGUUGCUAACUGGAAUAUAAGGGAUGAUGGCAGUGUAGGUUACCUGACAGCCAGCGAGCUUCAUGUUCUGGUAAUGUCCACCAACCAGAACCUGUGUGUCCGAUAUUCCUUCGAAGAGAAACUCUUAAUGAGAAGUCCGACAGGGGAAAAGUGGUCGUUGUCAGCUAACAUGCUGGUGGACCCUGGUCAGACGUACCAUGUCUCUGUCUUCAACAUCCCCAAAACGGAGGUUGGCUACAGCACCUAUGACGUCAGCACUGAUGUCACCACUCCUGGUUGUCCAGAUCCCAAAAUGCAGAUGACCAAGUUUUGCAUUGAGAGAGGAAGUCUGUGGCAGCCGAACAUCAGUCUGACUGUGGACAGUGAAAAAUCCGCUCUGGAUGUCAGCUUCGCUCCUGACACGCUCUGUGAGGAAUACAUCAUCAUUGUUCGCUGCUCGACUUACCAAGAUCUUACCAAGCGCACACACAAGGCUAAGACUCUUAAUGUAACAUUCCAUCUGGAUGAAUGUCCAAAAUCUUGCUGCCAGUUUGAUGUUGAGAUCAAACCUCUUUUCCCACAAUGUGGCCAGGACUGUGCCCGUCAAAGGAGAACACUAUAUAUUUGUCCUGAGCCAACAGAAGCCCCUAAUGGCCCGGUGUACACAUUUUUCAUCCUGGGAGUGAUGUUUCUGUGUGGGGUCAUAGCAGUUGUAAUGUACGUCCUCUGCCGAAAGCAAGGCAAAACUGGUGUUACUGCAACACCUGUGGUAGGUGAGAUAUCACAGGAGGGGCAAGUUAAACAGCCUCCCAAAGUGCUGGUCAUCUACUCCCAGGACCACCGUCUCUACAGCGACGUAGUAUUAAAGCUCUGCACCUUCCUUCAGGCCAAGUGUGGCACCAAGGUGCUAGUGGACUUGUUGGACUCCACCUCGGUUGGCAUGGUGGGGCGCCUUCGCUGGCUUGAGUGGCAACGUCAACAGCUAAAAAAUCCAUCUGACAAAAUCCUUGUACUGUGCUCACAAGGCGUUCAGGCAAAGUGGAAGGCCAUGUGUGGUCAAGGCCGUGUGACUCUGAGGGAAGAUGUUCUCUCCCCUACUGACGACAUGCUCACUCCUUUUCUCAACCUCUUCGUACCAGACAUGCAUCAGGCCGGCAUGCAGGGCAAGUACAUGGUGGCCUACUUUGACGACCUCAGCGGGGAACAAGACGUGCCAUCAGUUUUUGACAUCCUAGUCAAAUACAAGCUCAUGAAGCAUUUCGAAGAACUGUACUUCCGCAUCCUAGACAUUGAGAAGUAUCAGCCAGGUCAGGUCAACCAGAUCAAGGGCAUUGGUGGGGACGAAUAUUUCAACUGUCCAUCAGGUGGAGCACUGAAGAAGGCAAUCGAAGCCUUCCAGGCCUAUCAGUUGGAAAAUCCUGACUGGUUCAAAAAGGAGUGUGUAAACAAUGAGGAGGAGGUCAUGACUGAGGCUAACCGACUCAUAGGCCAGCUGCAGAUCCCUCCUGUUUUAGAGUGUGUUCCUCUUAUAAGAGAUCGACUUCCUCUCUACAUCCAUGAGAUAGAAAUCAAUGACAAUGGUGAUAGUCUUUUUGUGCUUACACCUAAACUCAACCCAAAAAACGAACUGUCGUCAGGAGCAGAACUUACACCAGUAGUCAACCUUAAGCACAAACAUCAGUAUCUGUCAAAUCGCAAUGAGGUGUUGACGUAUCACGUCAAUCCUCACAGCCCCAGGUCAGAAUCUGUCUACAUAGUUGAGCCGGUUUUGAACAACCUGCAACCACCAAGACAGAACUGGCUAUCCCUGCAGGCAGAACCCUUUGAUCAAAUUCCCACAGAGGAUGAGGAACAGGAUUCCAUGCUACCGAUGGGUCAACUCUCUGCUUGUUCAGAGAAGAAAAGUUCAGCCCCACAGGCCUCAGUGAACUUAAAACCUCAAGAAUUCUUGUGCGCCAGUAUUCAGAGAGAAUCCUUCCAUCAAUCCGAGGUCGGAAACAUUGAGAUGGAGGAGGACGAGGUUCUGGAGCCCAGUAGAAAGACCCCCUGCAGCGGGUCUGAUCAAGGCUACAUCUCAAAAAUGUCCUCCCAGCAUGAACACCCAGUCAAAAAUGAUCCAUUGGUGGCCCUGCGAAGACUGCAAGAGGAGCUGUUUAAUAAGAAUAUUGGAUAAUCUGAGCAGAAUGGAUGCUGACAGUCCAGAAAUAGGUACUAAACCUUGAGUGAGUGCCUGAAUUUAGCAGGGUGUAAAAGCUUUAACAGGAACUGUGGCCAGAACUGUAAGACUCCAAUAACAAUUUUGGGGUAUAAUAACUCCUUUUAUUAUUUUUGUAUUAUUAUUUUUAUUUAUUCAAAACAUGAUUGUGUUGAAUCGAUAAGGCAAGAUGUAUUCAUACACACUCUUCCGGCCCCAUCCCACAGGGGGCCCUGAAGUCCACUUUAAAGGCGCGGAUGGCUCCGAAGAAGGGCCUUCAUCAACUGUAAGAUCUUGAAUUCACCCAGCCCUAACCCUAGAGCUGCCCGAACUCCAUGUCUGAUUAUCAACUUGCUAUUCUUGCCAUCACACAGAUUUGACACCACACUUCCCUGGGCAGCUGUGUGUGAUUAAAUUUGAGUUGCUAAGCUAACUACUAUAUCACUGGCCAAGUAGUCUGGCCAAACUUAAGUAUGAUUUGUUUUCUUGUUUCUGUCAUUUUGGAUUUAAUUUAAUAAACAAACUCAAAAUAUGAACAGAC